CCCGCAGUGUGCUGGCAGGGCCCGGGAGCGACGUGCAGAUAGUGGCGCGCGCCGCUGGCAGGUGGCAGCACUGCAGGCGGAGGGCCCGGGUCUCCGGCGGAAUGCGGCCGAGCUCAGCCCGCACUAGAGUCGCGUGCACGUAGAAGCCGGGUGACGAGGCGCGCAGGCAUCGCCGCGGGAGACACGAUGACGCUGGGACGGGCGGUGCGCGGGUGUGCGUGCAGGAGGAGGUGUUGACCGCAGCCCCGGCGGUCGGACACGGGGCGAGGGGGGAUGCGUGCCGACGAAGGGCGCAGCUAGCCACCCUCGAAGCGCCGCAGGCAGGAGCCAGCAGCAGCCAUGGCGACCCCGCCGGACAGCCCCAUCGAGGAUGUCAUGUUCGAGAUCGAGCCGUCGCGGGUGCCGAAGCACCGGCCGGUGGCCUUGGAGGACCUGUGCCGGCAGACCAAGUUCAGCCGGCAGGAGAUACGAGUCAUGUACCGCGGGUUCAAGCAGGAGUGUCCCGAGGGAGUGGUCCACGAGGAUUCCUUCAAGGACAUCUACGCCAAGUUCUUCCCGCACGGCAACUCGAGCCUCUACGCCCACUACGUGUUCAAGGCCUUCGACGUCAACAGUAACGGCGCCAUCAGCUUCAGGGACCUGCUGGUGACGCUGUCCACGCUGCUGCGCGGCUCCAUCUACGAGAAGCUGCGCUGGACCUUCAAGCUGUACGACGUGAACGGCGACGGCUGCAUCACGCGCUCCGAGCUGGGCGAGAUCGUGUUGGCCAUCCACGAGCUCAUGGGCCGGCGGCCGCACCAGGUGGAGGACGACAGGAAGGCGCGCGACCAGGUGGACAGGGUGUUCAAGAAGCUGGACCUCAACCAGGACGGCGUCAUCACCAUCGAGGAGUUCAUCGAGUCGUGCCUCAAGGACGAGAUGAUCACCAAGUCCUUGCAGGUGCUGGACUCGGGCAGCAGGCUAUGAUCCAAGGCGUUGCCCCAGCUGUCCGGCCAGGUGUGGUGGCUGCUGAGCCUGCAGCACGACGAGGCGGCCGCCCUGCGCUCCGAGUGGACCUCGCUCUGCGUGCUGGGGGCAGGGUAGCCGGCGAGAAGCUCGCUCCGCCCUGUGCCUCCACCGAGAGGAAGAACCAGUGCUUUGCGUGUGGAAAGUCGCUGUCUCGUCCUCACUGCCGCCAAGCCUGCACCAAGAGGCACCGGAGACUGUGUAUUGUAAUCUUCCCUGUUCUCUGUCCUGUGCCUGCACCAAGAGGAGGUAUCACAGAUGAGUUUUGGAAUGUUCUUGGAGCAGGGUAGUCGGUGUGGCACUAGCUCCUCCUCGGCUCAACUCUGUUCUGUGCCCUGUGCCUGCACCAAGAGGAGGAAUCACAGAUGAGUUUUGGAAUGUUCUGGGAGCAGGGUAGUCGAUGUGACACUAGCUCCUCCUCGGCUCAACCUUGUUCUGUGUCCUGUGCCUGCGCCAAGAGGAGGGACCUGUGAUGAGUUUUGGAAUGUGCUGAGAGCAGGGUAGUCGGUGCAGCACAACCCUGUUCUCUGUCCUGUGCCUGCACCAAGAGUAGGAACCUGUGAUGAGUUAUUGAAUGUGCUGAGAGCAGGGUAGUCGGUGCGGCGCUAGCUCCUCUUCAGCUCAACCUUGUUCUGUGCCCUGUGCCAGCACCAAGAGGAGGAAUCACAGAUGAGUUUUUGAAUGUGCUGGUAGCAGGGUAGUCGGUGUGACACUAGCUCCUCCUCGACUCAACUCUGUUCUGUGCCCAGUACCUGCACCAAGAGGAGGAAUCACAGAUGAGUUUUGGAAUGUUCUGGGAGCAGGGUAGUCGGUGCGGCACUAGCUCCUCCUCAGCUCAACCUUGUUCUAUGCCCUGUGCCUGCACCAAGAGGAGGAAUCACAGAUGAGUUUUAGAAUGUGCUGGGAGCAGGGUAGUCGGUGUGACACUAGCUCCUCCUCGACUCAACUCUGUUCUGUGCCCUGUGCCUGCACCAAGAGGAGGAAUCACAGAUGAGUUUUGGAAUGUUCUGGGAGCAGAGUAAUCGGUGCAGCACAACCCUGUUCUCUGUCUUGUGCCUGCACCAAGAGUAGGAACCUGUGAUGAGUUUUUGAAUGUGCUGAGAGCAGGGUAGUCGGUGCGGCGCUAGCUCCUCUUCAGCUCAACCUUGUUCUGUGCCCUGUGCCUGCACCAAGAGGAGGAAUCACAGAUGAGUUUUGGAAUGUGCUGGGAGCAGGGUAGUCGGUGCUGCACUAGCUCCUCCUCAGCUCAACCUUCUUCUGUGCUCAGUGCCUGCACCAAGAGGAGGAAUCACAGAUGAUUUUUGGAAUGUUCUGGGAGCAGGGUAGUCGGUGCGGCACUAGCUCCUCCUCAGCUCACCCUUUUUCUAUGCCCUGUGCCUGCACCAAGAGGAGGAACCUGUGAUGAGUUAUUGAAUGUGCUGAGAGCAGGGUAGUCGGUGCGGCACUAGCUCCUCCUCAGCUCAACCUUGUUCUGUGCCCUGUGCCUGCACCAAGAGGAGGAAUCACAGAUGAGUUUUGGAAUGUGCUGGGAGCAGGGUAGUCGGUGUGACACUAGCUCCUCCUCGACUCAACUCUGUUCUGUGCCCUGUGCCUGCACCAAGAGGAGGAAUCACAGAUGAGUUUUGGAAUGUGCUGGGAGCAGGGUAGUCGGUGUGACACUAGCUCCUCCUCGACUCAACUCUGUUCUGUGCCCUGUGCCUGCACCAAGAGGAGGAAUCACAGAUGAGUUUUGGAAUGUGCUGGGAGCAGGGUAGUCGGUGUGACACUAGUUCCUCCUCGACUCAACCCUGUUCUGUGCCCUGUGCCUGCACCAAGAGGAGGAAUCACAGAUGAGUUUUGGAAUGUGUCUGGGAGCAGGGUAGUCGGUGCAGCACAACCCUGUUCUCUGUCCUGUGCCUGCACCAAGAGUAGGAACCUGUGAUGAGUUUUUGAAUGUGCUGAGAGCAGGGUAGUCGGUGCGGCGCUAUCUCCUCUUCAGCUCAACCUUGUUCUGUGCCCUGUGCCUGCACCAAGAGGAGGAAUCACAGAUGAGUUUUGGAAUGUUCUGGGAGCAGGGUAGUCGGUGCGGCACUAGCUCCUCCUCAGCUCAACCCUCUUCUGUGCCCAGUGCCUGCACCAAGAGGAGGAAUCACAGAUGAGUUUUGGAAUGUGCUUCGAUCAGGGUAGUCGGUGCGGCACAACCCUGUUCUGUGCCUGUACCAAGAGGAGGAACAUCUGAUGAGUUUUGGAAUGUGCUGGGAGCAGCUCCUCUUCGGCGCUUAACCCUGCUACCAUACCGGCGUCAACGAGUGGCGGAGGCCCCUGAGGGGAGGUUGCUGGGUCACUCGCUACUUCUAUCUGUUGCUGCUUCGCCGCGCGGUUCGGGGUUUUGUCGCAUCCUCUGCCAACACCUGCCGUCGACAUGCAGCUUGCUGUCGCGGGGAGCAGACAGCCGACGACGCCGAGCUACCCUUGAAGCUUCCAACUAACUGCGGCUGCGAACCUGUGUGGUCUCAGAUGCAUCCAGUCAAGAGUUUGCUUCUGCGAUUACACAGCCAGGAAUCUGAGUUCCUCGCAUCUUCUCGGAGACUAAAUAUCAUCACGGAGUGCAGUUAACUGUCGCACGCUCUAAACGUGAAUCGUGAUGUUUGACCGAACUAAAAUGUUUGCUCGGUUGGGGCUAACUAAAUUUUACCAAAAUAUUUCAUUGGCUGAACUGAAUUAGAUUGCCAAUAAAAGUGAGUCUAUUUACCAAUUUUACACACGAAUGUUUGCCCACAUGGAAACCAAUGCUCUGCAGAGGCAGAAAUAUUUAUUUCUCUGUGUAUGCUGAAAUUUUAGGAAGUACUCUGCUUCUGAUUAAGAUUAAAUGUAAACUCUUUAUGAAUCACUUAUAUUUUUCCUCAUUUAAUUUCGACGGGAAUUAAUUUUAAUCAAUAUUAUUUUAAACAAUGCCAUUGAUUUUUAUUCUAUGGGUUUAGAAGAGCAAUUUCUUUUUAACUGAUUCAUGUUCAGAGAAUGCUUCAGCCUUGUUUAUCUUCAGGCCAGCCCUGUUUGAAAUAGUGUCUCAAAUUUUGACCAAACUGUAGGAGAAAAACUGGUUUACGGUGUCUAUUCCGGUAAUUUAAGUUUUUUUCCCUUUGUUGCUGCACACUGUUACAGAAAAUUGUAAAAUCAACCAUGCAUUUAUAACAAACAUAAUUUGUCCUUGUAUUUCUGCUGAGCUUAAACGAAUUAAAUGUCGGAAGUCCGCUCAAUCAGUUGUUAGGCAACGUAAUUAAAAAAAACUCUAAAAUGCAAAUAUAUAGUGCUUACUAAGCAUAUAAACUAUGAAAUCAAACACUGUCAUUACAAGACUGGAUGUUGCAAAUGAAGAAUCAAGGCCUAUCAUGAAUGAUAUUUUUCUUAUAAUUCAGGAUAAUCAUCAAAAUUGUUAUAUUUUUAAUCUGCCACCAAAUAAAAGCAAUACAUUAUAUGCUCAAAUUAUAAUAAGGGACUUCGUAUUUAUAUUUUGAUGACAGUGUUUAAGAGCUACCAUGUGAAUAAAUUCAGCUUACCUUGAAACACUGAAGUCAAUUCAGAAAAUAUUUUUUUUGUUUCCAUUUUAUGCUGAACAAGGUAAUAAAUAAAAAUAGUUUUUAAUGGAAA